AUGGAAAAAUUUAUACAGGAUACUAGAAUAACCCCCAAAGGUGUCUCGAAAGGGACAUGGGGUUCCGAGUUUGCCACAACCAGCCUUAGACCCACAAAGGCAGUUGGUUCUGGUUCAGACCUACAAAGGGCUGGGAUCACGCGUGAAACACGUGGGGGAACAUCUAUCGAGAAACAAUCUCAAAGGAACAAUACAUCAUUACCGAGCGACAGGGAAA